AUGUAAAAUUAUGACUAUUUUGACUCUUUUUUUAUACAUAGCUUCAACAAGCCAAUUAAAGGAAUAGAAGAGAUAAUGAAGGAUACUCUUUUUAUUCUCUUAGAUGAUGGUACAUGCAUCGUUUUUUGUAUUAGUAAAAUGAAAAUUAUAAAUGAACAAAAAUUUGCUGAAUUACAACAUGCAACUCAUUGCACUAAGUUUUCUAUAUAAAAUGGGUAGGAUAAUUAGAUUAGGGAUUUAAUUAUGACAUAGCAUAAAUUGGGUUUCUUAGGAAUAUUAAUGGUAGAAGACAAUACUCACAAUAUUGUUUUUCUCUAAAAAAUAUAAUUGGAAUACACAGGAUUUAUGAAAAUCCUACCAAACGAGGAAAUAUUUUCAUAUAAAACAGGGUAUUCUUAACAAAGAAGUGUACUAAUCAAUGAGUGUUUUUUAUAUUCCCCAAACAAAAAAGAUACUUCUAUAGAAAAAUUAAAUCUGCUGAAUGGGAAGCCAGUUGUCUCUUAUUAGUUUUAUGAGGAGAAGUAUAUCGAUACCAUUUGUUGUAUGAAAAAAGUAGCUAUUGAAAACUAAGAAAGUAUAUAGAAUCUCCUGAUUGUAGCAUAUGAAGGAUUAUACAUGGGUAUUUUAGAAUUAGAUGAAAAAAAUUAAAAACAUAAGUUCUUACUUUAAAGAACAAAAAUUGUUGAUUGUAAAGAAGAAAUGCCAUAUAUAUUUGAUUUUCAGCUAAGUGUAAACGUAAAAGAACCUAAAAAUGAUAUUGUAAUUACAAUAUAUAUUUGCACUAGCGUUGAAGAGCUGCAAGUGCUUAAAUUAAAUCUGACAGAUAAGAAGAUCACUAGUCAAAGUAAUAUCAAUAUUAAGUAUUUAUCUCCUUAAAUUGGAUUAUCAAAUAUAAAAAUGGACAAAAAGUAGUUAUAUGUCUCUACUUUAGACAGAUAAGUAAAAAUUUUAAGUAGAAAAAAGCUUUAAGAAGUAUGUUCUUUCUAAUUUCACAAUAAUUCUAUAAAUGGAUUGCUCCUUAUUACAGACUAAAAUCUAGAUGAAAAUGGACAAUAAAAGAGUAAAUUUUUAAUUAGUAUUUCUGAAGAUUGCAAAAUGGCUGUUAUUGACCUAAAUAAACUUCGCAAGAAGAAAUGA